AAAGGAUACGAGGUCGGACAAAGACUCUUAGUGUAUCUUGUACUCUUGACUUGUGAACACGUUUUUGUUCUGUAUUAAGAUGCGCCGUAUUUACUUAGUCGGCGAUAUAUAAUAAAAGAACUAUGUAUCGUGUCUCCUUUAGUUUUGUGUUUAUGGGAUUUUUGUGUGUGUGUGGCCAGAAUGUAAAGUCACCCUGUCCACAAUAUUUUGACUAUAAAAGUGAUAACACAGGAUUGCAUGGGUUCAUUAAUUUGCAACCGUUCGGUUUUGUGCCCUCGUUGCUGGUCAGAGCUAAUUUCACAAUAGCCGCGAGAUUGCCGUCAACAUACGCGGGUAAUUUACAUCCGAUAGGCUCCGAGCUCUACCUACUUCAAGAAUUUAAUCGAGGGGUGCCCUUGCAGUACAGAGUUAAUUUCCCCGUCAUUUCUCCCGUGCCAAAGCUGACAGCACUCACAGUAAAUGACAAUGUAUUAUGUUACGGAACUGGAGAUGUUCCAGGAGAAGCAGCUUACGUCACAACGAUAAGUCUCCAGCACAUGUUGUUCUUUAAAUCGGGAACGGAUGGACUGUACGCUGUGAUUAAUACUCCUAGUCAAGCCCCAUCUUAUGAAAUAGAGCCUGAGCAACAGACACCACCACAGACAAUUAAUAAUAGACCACAAACAAAUUUUAAUAUCAACAAUAAUCAAGUCGAAGGGCAACGAGGGGAUGAGGCAGCUCCAAAGAGACCCGGGGAAAGACCUGGUGCGACGACAACGCAAAGACCAAUAAGACCGACCACUAGAAAAACCUGGCCAGUAAAACCAUCUGGAGCAGGACAAAACUCUCAACAACCUGGUGGAACAUUAAAUGCUUUAGAAUGCGGAAUUAACGGAGGAGCUCACGAUCAUAUACCAUUAGUUUAUAAUGGAUUCAGCUAUGAUAGAGGGGAAUGGCCUUGGCUGGUUGCGCUUUAUAAACGAAAAUUUAGCAGUUUAAGUUAUAUCUGCGCAGGGACAUUAGUAUCUGAAAAACACGUGGUCUCAGCGGCUCACUGCAUGCAGCGGAAGAGCUCUUACACUUCCAUAAAGAACAUAGUCGUGAAAGCAGGUGUUUAUAAUUUAGAGGACUGGAGCGAUGACAUUACCGUCACAAGGACUCUGACUGCUGCUGCGAUACAUGACGCGUAUAAUGCGUCCUCUCUUGCAAAUGAUAUCCUGGUGAUGACGCUUGAUAAGAAUAUUCCCCUGAGUAAUUUCAUUAAGCCAGCUUGUCUUUGGAGCGGCAGCACAGAUCUCAAUCGAAUUGUCGGACAAUCGGGUGUUGUAGCAGGAUGGGGUGCGAACGAGAUGGGCCCGGGAGGCAAAGGCGAGCCGCGCAUGGUGCGGAUGCCUAUAGUCAGCACCGCUACGUGUAGAGCGAGCAAGCCCGAGUUCCACAAACUAACGUCGUCUAAGACCCUAUGCGCGGGAGAUCACAGUGGCUCCGGUCCGUGUUUAGGUGACUCUGGAGGUGGUCUCUACAUCCUAGACAAUGGCCGAUGGAGACUUCGGGGCGUAGUUUCCCUGUCGCUGUGGACAGAAAACGGUGAAAGCACCUGUAAUCUCGAAGAUUACGUCGUAUUCACAGACACCGCACAAUAUUUACCAUGGAUUACUGAUGUUAUGACUAAUACCAUCAAUUAAUUAUAGAAAAAUAGAUUUAAUAAAAUUUCAAAUACUAUUUA